AUGGCGUUCUUUCCCUUUAAAAUUUCCUUGACGACAUACAUCAUUUGUACAAUCGUGGCAGGGCUCGCUGUCCGUUUGCUCUCGAAUCGAUAUAAACAAGGCCUGCGCGAUAUACCAGGCCCGGAACUUGCAAAGUACACUCGAUUGUGGAAGCUGAAUAGUGUAUGGAAGGGUAAUCAUCAUAAUACUGCCAUCGAUCUUCAUCGGAAACAUGGAGCCCUCGUUCGUAUUGGCCCAAAUCAUGUAUCUGUUGGCGAUCCCAGCGCCAUUCCUGUCAUAUAUGGCCUGAACAAGGGUUUUACCAAAACUGCCUUUUACCCUAUUCAAUGCAUAUCAUGGAAUAAGAAGCCUCAAAUGAAUCUGUUUUCCACACGCGAUGAGAAGUUUCAUCGUGAUCAGAAGCGACCUGUGGCCAACGCAUACAGCAUGACCUCGCUCCUGGAGCUUGAACCAGCAGUAGACUCAUGCAGCGAGAUUUUCAUGUCUCAGUUGAGCAAAUUCGCGGACCAGAAUGCUCCGGUCGACUUGGGAAUCUGGCUGCAGUACUACGCCUUUGAUGUCGUGGGUGAAUUUACGUUCGCGAAGAAACUCGGUUUUCUAGAAGAAGGGAAAGACAUUGAUGGGAUGAUUGAAGCCAUCCAAGGCAUGCUAUCGUAUGCCAGUUUGUGUGGUCAGAUUCCUGAGAUGCAUCCACUACUACUGGGAAAUCCUCUGUUCCCACUCUUAAUGCCCAGCAUGGAGACUUGGAAUCAGGUUCUUCAGUUCACACUGAAAGCAGUGAAUUCCCGUGCGUCAUUGCAGCGUGACGGUGAGCUCAAUAAUGAGGAAAAAGAUGGCGGAAAGGACAUGCUCUCCAAAUGGAUGGCUAUUCACCACUCAAACCCCGAGAAGCUCGCCACGAGGGAUGUAAUCGUACACCUUUCGACGAAUGUGUUUGCUGGUUCUGAUACAACAGCCAUAGCACUUCGAGCUGUCUUAUAUCUCCUCAUGCGCAAUCCAGAGGUCAUGUCCAAAGUCCAAACCGAGAUUGACAGUGCAUCUCGUGAGGGCAAGCUCAGCAAUCCCGUAUCGUACCGCGAGUCUACCACACAUCUGCCCUAUAUUGGCGCAGUGCUCAAAGAGGCCAUGCGACUUCACCCUUCUGUCGGAUUGAUUUUGGAGCGUGAAGUCCCAAAGGAAGGAGCGUAUAUUUGUGGAAAGCACGUUCCUAGUGGAACUAUAGUCGGCAUCAAUGCGUGGGUUGUGCAUCGAAAUGGCGAAAUAUUCUCCGAUCCCGACUCAUUCAUCCCCGAACGCUGGCUCGAAAGCUCCCCUGAAAAGUUAAAGGAGAUGGAACAGAGCUUUUUCAACUUCGGCUUUGGGUCGAGAAGUUGCGUUGGAAGGAACGUCUCUAUCAUGGAGAUGCACAAGGUCCUGCCACAGUUGCUGCUUGAAUUUGAGAUCCGGCUACACCACCCAGAGAAGGAAUGGCGAACCAGGAACGCAUGGUUUGUGCAGCAGGAAGGGUUGAUCUGUGAUCUUGUGAAGAGAGGAUAA